GACACCACGCCCCCAACCCCACCCCCCUUCUCCUUCCCUUAGAUCUCGAUCUGCCGCCGCCCCCAACCCCACCCCGACCGCCACCAUCGACGACCCUCACCGUAGAUGAGGUCGAGGCCGACCCAAGAUCGAGCCCAUGCCCAGACUCGCGAUGUGCACAGCGGGGAUUCGUAGGCAACCCCACGCCAAUUGGGACCUCGAUCUGGAUCGAGCAGGCGCUCUCCACCGACGGGGCUUGGGCUGGCCGGCGUCCCACGUUGACGUCCUCCUCCCUCCCGCUCCCGGCAACGCGCUCGGUCUCCGCAGCCGGCCUCACCGCCAUAGUCACAUGUACUUUUCCUCACCCUUCUUCCUUUCUUGGUCCUCUCCUCUCUGCUCUCUCUCCCCCGUUUGGCUUUGACUCACUAGAUUCGCUUCUGCUGGGAGGUGCAUCGAGCGGGAUCUGCGUGGAGAUGGCACGGGUGCUGGCGGCACGCGGGUCACGACACCCACGUCGUCAUAGCCGCCUGGAACCUGGCCGCCGCCGAGACCAUGCGCCAGGCCGUCCUGGCUGAGACCCCUGGCGGCUACUCCUUCCUCCGUCCCUAUGGUUCAGCGACGACGAGAUCUAGAUGGCUGCCUGCUCGCCCAUCUUGGCACCGCCGAGCUCGAGGACAAGGAAAGGUCGAGAAAAGAUCAUACCCACCCACCCCUGGAGCUGGAGGUGUUGGAGAAGUUGAGAUGCAGCAAAGAAGCGGCUCCAAAUCGAACUAUUGUAUUUAUUUUCCAGGUGGAGAGGUCAAUCUCGACCAUCAUGAUGCCUAAGCUAAUAAGGUUGGUGGUGUGCUCUCCUUGCAGCAGCCUGAGCUCCGGCGAGGUUGACCUGGACAGCUCGGCAGCGUCACCGACGACUCGAAGGACACCAUAUCCAAGGCACCUCCUCUUCGGUUGUGAGAGUGUCCAGGAGUCGUGGGUGCAGCUAAUGCCUAUGUCUGUGGCCGCACUUGACACUGCCCUCUCUUUAAGGGCUGAUUGGAGCCUAUUUUUUGCUUUAAAUCCUAUUUUUUGAUAUCAGGUGCUCAUUGAGCUGUCUAAGAACAAGCAGAUCAUCAUUUCACCAUUUUCGGCUGCCCCAGAUGCUAGCCUUUAUUCUUCAAAAGUUGGGUGUACAGAAGUUGUAGCAAGAAGAAUCCUGAAAAAAAACCACACCCAGAAUGCCAUUUAGCUCACUGGAGCUAGUUAUGUGUAUAUUUAGUUGUAUUUUAUAGCUAAAUACCAGAUUUAUACUAUAUACUUUGCUUGGCUGUUGUAAUGUACUAUCUUAGUUUUGGUACUUUGCUUGACUGUUGGUGUACAUGAUAGUAAUGUACUACUUGACUAUUGUAUGAAAUAUUAUGCCUUAUUGGCUCUUUUUGAA